CAAAACUCUCCAAUUUUAUCUUGGACGAAGAUGGAUGAGCUGAAUACCAUCGUGACAUUGACUCCCGCGGACAACCUCGGGAUCGCGUUUGGUGCAUUUCGUUUACCGCAUAACCGUUCUCGAUAUGCGGAACCAUUGGCAUUCGAUGACGGCCCGAGCCGUGAUACGACGCCGUUCGGCCCUGGGGACGACGAACCUGCCAUCGACGACCUGGUAUACUUUCACCGCAUCUGCUUGUCUUUUAACCAGGAAACCAAAGUGAAAGGUCGCUUCGCAUUUGGAAGUGAUCCCAAGUCCGAUGUGCUGCUUGCUUCGAAGAGAAGGCACUAUGGCAUCAGUGGGCUGCACUUUUUCAUCACGUUUGACGACCAACGACGGCCCGUGAUUAGAGAUAUGUCGAAAAUGGGUCUUUCUGUCAGCUAUGACGGGGAAGCAAAAGACGAGCGACGCAAUCACUUUCAGUGGAUCAUCUUUCCCGGGUAUAAGACGAUCACCGUAACGAUACCGCUGUUCCUUAACGGUCGGCAGCAGGGAGAACUCGCCUUUAACGUCCACCUCCCUCCGCAUUACAAGACGCAUCCGAAGGAAUACAAAAACAACGUGGAGAAGUUCAUGGCCGAUGCCCCUCAAGACUAUGACGUGGCCUUCGACAAUCUGGCUCUUAGUGAGGGGACCUCAUUCGCGCCGAGUGAAUCCCUCUCUCCAACCAAACGACCUAUUUACUUGAAGGGAAGAGAAUUGGGAAAAGGCGCUUUCGGACGAGUACGGAAGGUGAUGAAUGCUUCUACUGGACAGGAAUAUGCUGGGAAAGAGUUCUUCCGCGACAAAGGCUGGGAAAAAGAGAUUGAAAUUAUGAAACAUCUCUACCUGACUAAAUGGAAGUAUGCUCAUGUGCGCGCUCACUAAGCAGUCUUUCCUAAUUGUUCAGCCGCCUGCUAACUCUCGAAAGGACCAUAUCGUGCACUUCGUCGACUUCAGAACGGUGCCGAAGCCCCUUCUCGUGAUGGAAUACCUACGGUUAGGAAACCUGGAAGCACAACACAAGGUCUCUCCGAUCAGCGACAGCGACAUGAUAGUCGUCUUUAAACAGUGCCUCCAAGGUCUGUGUUGUCUCCACGAGCAGAAGAUUACACAUCGAGACCUGAAGCCAGAAAAUAUCCUUGUGCGUUCUAGGACGCCUAUCAUUCACAUCAAAUUGGCGGACUUUGGACUGGCACAGGACAGAUCGGAUUUGAAAACUUUCUGCGGAAGCCCUAUGUAUGCCGCUCCAGAAAUCUUCCUUGGUCAAAACUAUACGAACGCCGUGGAUAUCUGGUCACUUGCGGUGAUCAUAAUGAAGUAUAUAUAUGGAUUCCGUCAAAACAUCGAGUCUGAAAAUCUCGAGGCGACAGCAGAACUACGAUUACGGGGUCAGGUCUGGUGCAACUCUCUGAUAGAGGAGGCUGAUGACUGGGAUUCAGAUAAGGUGAUCGACUUUCUUACUAAGUAUAUGCUUAGGUGGGAGCCUCGGGAACGACUUUCCGCAGCGGAAUGUUUGAGUACAGCGUCAGAAAUUGGUCUAUUCGACGAUUCAAUUCUGCAGAUAGGAACUCUCAUGCCUCGACUAGAAUCCGACUGGGACACCGACAACACCGACACGGACACCGAAGAAGCAUCGACCAUUAGAGAACCCUUAUGGCAAAGCAUCGGUACACCAGUGCGAGACGAGGGGAAUGUACCACGACCACCAGGCCCUUGUCCUUCGUGUAUCCCUGACCAGGACCAAGUUGAACAGUGGCCUGUAAGAGCUGAGGCCCGUAGUGCGGAUGAAAGUGUUUCACCCGUCUCCUGUCACAACCGGUCUACUGAACGCAGACGGACUGUAUACGGUCCGCCUAGCCUUCAGAGGGCUUUUCCUCUAAAGUCCGCCAGGACGGGAAGGAGGAGGCGUCCUGAUACGGCAAAACUCGAAAAGUUUUACCGUACCAAAAAAGCCCCCACAGCUAGCGAUUAUGAAUACCUGGCCACGGAGACAAAGAUGGAUAUGGGCGCUAUUCGAACUUGGUUCCAAAAUCGAAGAUACAAAGAUCGACAACAACUGCGCGAAUUGGCUUUGGUAGAACCACAGCUGGGGGAAGGCUUUGCAGCCAUUCGAAAGACACAACCCCAUAACCAGCCCCAUAUCGCCCCUAGACCGCUCUCUCUGCCGGACAAAACUCCCUUUGCAGAUGCAACUUGUCAUAUGCACCGGCCUGAGUGGGAAGCUGAGCAGUCGAAGUACUUGUCUCUCCAAUGGCGUGGUGGGACAAUUCCCAUUCGAAGGGCGGAUCAUUGGAUCAGUGGAACUCAUCUUUUCAAAGCAUCCGGUCUGACAGGACAAGAGAUCAACAUCCUGAAAACGACAUGGGACUUCGAAUUAGAAGUCGUAUCAGGCUCUUUCCCGUGGGCCGGGACAUAUAUCCAUUACAUCACCGGGCUUCAAAUCUGCCAACUAUACAAUUUCCAAGAGCUUGGAACUCUUAUUAGAGAGUCUACACCGGCAAGAUUAAGUCGAGAUAAGCUGCCACUUCAACCCGAAUUCUCGGUCAUCGGAUACGGUGAAACUCUGAUCUCGGUCAGAAACGAUGGUUAUGUGAAUAUUUCUCACAUUCUGCUGCGAAUUGCACAAUGGAAACAUGCAAAGAUACAGAAACUGAGACAGCUGAAAAAGGAAAUUGACUUUCAGGUUGUGCGAGGAGGUAACCGAAAGCAGCAAGGCACGUAUGCAGAAUACUCGGGAGCACUUGAGAUCUGCGAAGAAUAUCAACUCAGGUCCGUGGCUGAAUGCCUCAGAAAGUUCGCAUCUAGAUGGAGCUUUGGCACCGCUUCAUGCGAGAUUCCACCACUGCCCCAACUACCACCUAAUUGCAUCGACCAUUCUGCAACAGCUAAGGACGACACUCCUCUUUCUCCGCCGCAUCAUUGCGGUAACCACCAGGUGGAUUCAUUUGUGGGUAUAUCGCAGCAGUCCCAUUUGAGUGGGAUACGGCCCACUUUAGAACCACGAAGUUUGUCCUGGCACUCGAAUCUAUUUGAGGCGAGUUCCUGACGGACCAUGGCAAUCUUUGUGCCCUUUCACGAUGGUCUUGUAUGGAGUGCACGAAACCAAAGCCGAAGGGCACAGUGUUCAAUACACCAGAUCCACCUCCCACCGCAGUUGAAACCCCGUUACUCGCCGUCGCUAUCAACCGACAGGACUUCUGUUGCCCAGUCAUCCUCAAGUACAGUAGAGGUCACAUUGUCGGACCCGAGGUAGAUAUCCCGGAUUUCACUCCCUCUCACGAUCUGUCUACAGAAGGGGUAGCGUUUCCCGGGCCCACCAGCAGUG